GUAGCAAGCACUUGUACCAAAGCAGCAUUUGGCAGCAGGGAUAUUGUGCUCUCAGAGCACUCUUAUUAAAUUACUCUAUUUAAAGGAGUACCUUCGCUAUUUUAAAUAACCUGAUAUACAGUGUUACUGUAUUAUCACCCAACUCCUGUAAGCACCUGCACCCUUUCUUGGCUUUGAUGUUUAUUUUCCUCCUUUGCAGAUGUUUGAACAUGAUGAUGAUGAUGAUGAUCAGUUUGUCCUGGCAGUCACCCUAAAAGGCCAACAUGGCAACAUCAACCUAGAAGCCAUCAGAGACAGAGCCAGAGUUGAUCCAGAUAAGCUGCUGACCUCUGACCCAAAGUGUGGUAUUCAGAACAGGGCUUGGAAGUACUUCAUGUCGCACAGCAGCUUAAAGGUGCACCAGCACCUCCACGUGGCCAAGAAGUCCUACACCUGCAGCGUGUGCUGCAAAUCCUUCCGCCAGAAAUGGUCUCUAGAGGCGCACAUGUGCAUGCACACAGGCAAGAAGCCCUUUCUGUGCACAGUGUGGCAAGGGAUUCUCCAGGCGAGGACAUCUCAAGACGCACACCAUCAUCCACACGGGUGAGAAGCCCUACAGCUGCUACAUAUGUGGCCACUGCUUCAGCUACCAACAGAAUCUCAACCGCCACAUGCACACAGGCCUGAAGUCCUUCCUCUGCAAAGUGUGUGGGAAAGGUUUCACCCGUGCCGUCACACUCGAGUCACGAGAUGAUCCACACGGGUCAGAAGCCGUUAAGUGCGAGCACUGCUCCAAGAGCUACCGCUACAUCUCCAACUUGACGAUCCACAGGCGGCUGCACACCGGCGACCGGCCGUUCAUGUGUGAGGUGUGUGGGAUUGCAUUCCGCCAAAAGAGCGGUUUGAUAUCACACAGCUGGACGCACUCAACAAAGCGUUUGUUUUCUUGCUGUUAUUGCAAGAAGACGUUCAGCCACCCCAACAGCCUGAAGUUGCACAUCCGCAACCACACCGGCGAGAAGCCGUACACGUGUGAGGAGUGCGGCAAAGUCUUCAGCCAAAACAGCAGCUUGAACGUACACAGACGGACGCACUCAAAAGAUUGCCCAGUCACCGGUGGUUUCUGCAAGAAGACAUUCAGCGCCACUAACGGCCUGAAGAAGCAGGCUUGUGGCUGUGCAGUGGAGACACUGCACACCUGCCAGGUCUAAAGCAAGACCUUCAGCAAGGAACGCUCCCUGCAGAUGCACCAGCGCCUGUACAGUGGCGCCAAGCAGUACAUGUGCGACGUGUGUGGAAAGAUGUACUCUGAUCGCCGCAACCUGAAACUGCACAAAUGUGUCUAAUCUGUACAGGAAAACCC